UCGCCCGGAACUUCCUAGAAGCGACACCAGCGUUCAGCAGCAGUCCGGCUAGAUUUGCUGCUAGCUACAGUGGAUGAGCUGUUAUUUCACGGGAUGCUCGUACAGAUGAACGUUUCACCUGCUCGUAAGCUCAGCUCUCUGAAGAUGUGCCGCUGAAGAAUGCGAUAGAUAUUACACCUGAAGUGAGUACGGAGACUGUUGUCAUCCCGGUUGUCAUGGAGAAGCCAUGGAGGUUAUGGGGGGCACUGGAGGCGUGUUUGCUGACAGUGUGCGCCUGGUCCUGGGCAGUCUGCCGUGUCUCCCUGCUGGCCCUCAUUCUGACCUUCCACCUGUACGGAGGCUUCACACUGCUGGGACUCAUUCUGGCCUCUGUGGCUGGCCUCCUGUACAAGUUCCAGGAUGUGCUGCUCUACUUUCCCGACCAGCCCUCAUCAUCGCGCCUUUACAUCCCCAUGCCGGCGGGAAUCCCCCACGAGAACGUGUACAUCCGCACCAAAGACGGUGUGCGGCUCAACCUCAUCUUGCUCCGUUACACUGGCGAAAACUCCGCCUCUGCUCCCACCAUUUUAUAUUUCCACGGCAAUGCGGGGAACAUCGGCCACCGCGUCCCAAACGCACUGCUCAUGCUGGUCAACCUGAAGGUCAACGUGGUUCUGGUGGACUACAGAGGCUACGGCAAAAGCGAAGGAGAACCUAGCGAAGAGGGACUGUACCAAGACGCAGAGGCCACCUUGGAUUACGUCAUGACCCGAUCGGACAUCGACAAGACCAAGGUGGUGCUUUUCGGCCGCUCAUUGGGUGGCGCGGUGGCCAUCCGUCUGGCAUCAUGCAACCCGCAUCGAGUGGCCGCCAUCAUGGUGGAGAACACUUUCCUGAGCAUCCCACACAUGGCGGCCACGCUGUUCUCUUUCUUCCCCAUGCGUUACCUACCGCUCUGGUGCUACAAGAACAAGUUUCUGUCCUAUAGACAUGUGGCACUCUGCCGUAUGCCAUCUCUCUUCAUUUCGGGCUUAUCAGAUCAACUCAUCCCUCCGAUGAUGAUGAAACAGCUGUACGAGCUGUCGCCGUCUCGGACUAAACACCUCGCCAUCUUUCCUGAGGGUACGCACAAUGACACCUGGCAGUGCCAGGGUUAUGGGGUUAAAGUUGGCCUGUUAUGA